AUGGCGACUUGCCUCGCCUCCAGGGCGGCGAGGCCGAAAGUAGAAAGCGGAGUAGAAAUUGCGCAAGCAUGCUGCCUGGGGGAAAGGAGAAGCGCUGCUCCCAGGAAAGCGGCGGCUUUCAGGGCGCACUUGUCUUCAUGCAGAGGGGGCUUCGAGCCCGUCACCGACCGAGGCGCCCUGGGAGACUACGAAGCUCGGAGGUUACUCAACGCCCUGGUGAAGGAAUACGUCCAGAUGACCGCGGAAGACCCGGAUCAGGGCAGCGAAGGCAGUAGCUUGGAUAGACCCAUUGCCAAACGUUGUGCCAACCUGAGCACUUGUGUGCUGGGCAAACUGUCUCAAGAAUUGCACAAGUUGCAAACGUACCCUCGCACUGACGUCGGGGCUGGGACGCCUGGCAAGAAAAGGAAUGUGUUGAGUGAGCUGGAAAAUGAACGCUAUGCAAACUACUGAGGAAGCCCUCGGAAGCAACUAGAUGGGCUCAGAUUCCUUUUUGGUUUUAUUUUCCCCCCCUCUUUUGUUUUCCUUCUUUUAUUUCACUUGAUGCAUGAUGUGGAUCUAACCUUCACUGCUAACUUUGCUGUGUUCUUUUAGAUCUGAAAUGCUUGGAGUAGUAGAGCAAAGUCCAAGUUAGGAAAUUUAAGGACAAAAUGCGCCCCCCUCCCCCCGCGCGCGCACGCACGCACACACCCACACACACACAGAGUUGUAGGGAGCUGGGGAAAAGCAGAAACCAAAUUAAGAGUAGAUCAGAAUAAAACAUUGCCUUGAAUUUUCCACUGAUUUUUUUAGAUUCUUAUUUUAUGAAUAAUAAGGAAGCAUCAUUUUUUUUAUUUGAGGCUACUCAUUGUAAAAAAAAUGAAAUAAAUAAAUGUUUCUUUCAUGUCCAAUCAUGCAACUGUUCAAUAAACCUAUUUUUCUAUAAGGAAUAGGUCUAUGUUCUGAUUACAAAUUAUUUAUACCAUUUUUAAAAUGGGUUUGAAACAAAAUUCGAAGAGUGUUUAUCACGCUAUAAGGAGGUCAGCAUGGAUGUUUGCAUUUUUUUCUUAAUUAAUAUUUUGAAAGAGCUACAUAUCUGAUUAGUAUUGGAUGAAUCCAUAAGGUGAUAACUUUCAUACAAUGAAGUAAGUGAAAAGAUUCACACUGAGUUUGGUAGUAUGAGCUUUACAAAUCUGUUCAGAAGUGUGGAAACACAACAACUGAUUUCCAAAUGUGAACAAUGUUGUUCAGUUAUAAAAAGUUUUAUUCUGUUUGACUUCUUCCAGGUAAGAAUUUCAAUCUUAUAUUUCUAUGUAUGUAUUUGUUCAUGAAGAAGUUACUUAUUUUGAUUGACUUGUCAGCCUGAAGAUAAUUUAAGGCAAGAGAAUCCAAAAUUGCCUGUAAUUGAAACAUUGAAUUCUAUUCAUUGUGGGAACAAUGUAGGCUAAUUUAAGCAUUCAAAUGGAUGAGAUUUUAAAAGCCUGGGUUUUGUCAGAGAUGAGCAACAGAAAAACAAAAUUGGAUCACACACACGGUUAAUCUGAUAGCAGAUAAAUAUAUCACAUAUCUUUUAGACCAUCCUGAUAGUUUAUAUACCCAGACAUGGCAUUCUAUGAGGAAAUGUAGACCAGGAGAUAAAGGCAACAGUCCUCAUAUGCAGUGGCCUUGGCCAGCCAUGAUGCUACAGGACUGUGAUCCUUGGAAAUCCAGUGUUUGGUCCCUCUUAGAAAAGGUGUCCUCCCCACAGUUCUGGAUUUUGCUAGGUUGGGGAAGAAUGUGCAAUGAUUUGGUUUUUCUAUACUCUGGGGUAUGUUAAAAGAGUGUACUGUAUUUUUCGGACUAUAAGACGUACCGUUGUAUAACAUGCAUCAAGAUUUUGAAGAUGUAAGU